AUGGGUAGUCAGCAAUCACUACUCCAAUUAAAAAGUGCUUCUCUACGACUAAGUGAGGAGACAAACAUUCCAAAGGUGGAUCACAUAUGGGAGAGCUUUUGGUCUUUACCGGAAUGCUUGGAAGAAGUACUGGAACAUGUUUCCAUUAGCGAUGUAAGGAAUGCUUUGAGUAAAGCGCCGGAAAAUAUACACACGCUGAUCGACAUACUUUUUAAGAAGUUGAUGACUUUACAAAAGUUUUCAGAAUUCUCUGCAACUGCUAAUGAUACUGUGACGAGAUAUGCCCUAAAUUGUAUGCGAGUAUUGACCAGACUUCUACCCAUUCUGUUUGAGUCUCCAGCGGGUGUUCAUUGGUUUAACCGAUUCAUGUGGUCUCAGCAAGAAAAUAAGAUCCCUCAAGGAGUUAGUAUCGUGGACACUAUUGUAAACUAUUUGUUUUUAAUAAACUUCACCAUUCCCCCUUUUAAUGAGGAUUCGAAAGGAGUUAAUUACUGUAUUUGGGAAAGUGGUAUUGCGUGUCAAUCGCCCUUGAAUAAAGAAGCGAGUCUUAUGGCCAAUUCAGUUGAAGUACUUCGUCUCCUAUUGGUACUCUCUUCCGAAACUUAUUAUACUGAUUUUAAGAGAUCCAGCUUUUGUUGCUCUUAUAUUGCAACGCAUCCAAAUAGACGUUUGUCAUUAUGCUUAAUAUGCUCUUUAUUAAACACGACCAUGCGUUUUAAUACCUUGUGUUGGAAACCCGAAUUUGUCCCAUCUAAUCAAUUUCCCUUGCACAUGUCAUUAAUUGAAAACUCUCUGUCGGUUUUGCUUGUACUUUUGUCUGAAUACAAAUUAGAUUGCUUACCCUGUUUUCAGACUAAUGUUCAGCCACAUAAUACUAAGCCAACGAAUAAUUUUUCAUUGCUAUUAUCAAGCUUGCAUUCUAUUACGGACUUUCGGAUCAUUAUAGAUGGGAUCAGUCGCCUACUUUAUCCCCCAAUGCAAUCUGACAUUCCAAAAAAGGAAUCAUUGGUCAUGAUUGAUUAUUACCCAAUGAUUUUACUACUAAGUAAGUUGAUAAUUCAGUUCAACAAGAAAUUUUGUUUGUAUCUCAUUGAAACGGAUUGUGCUACUGAUCUAUUUAUUUUUCUAAUAUAUUUGAGCUUCGAUGAACGCAAUUUUUGCCAUAUACUCAAUAAGAAAUUCCAGCAACAGGCAACUUUACCUACGAAUAUGAGAGUUCCUUUUCGUGAUGGUUCGUUUGCGGAUUUUACUGUUAUUGCUUUUUCGAUCUUAAUGCAUUCGAUGAAAGAUGAACACUGGGAUGUGAUGGAGAUCAUAUCCGCAUCUCUUUGUGAACUUUCUCUUAGUAUAAAAGAGAUUAAUAGUAGCGCUAGCAAAUCACUGCUAGGCGUGUUUCAAGCAGUUUCACAACCUGGAUUCUUAGUUGCAAACGAAAACAAUUACAUUAUACUUUGCAAUAUAGUUGGUGCUAUAAGCAACAUGCUCGAGUGUCAUUAUUCUGUUAACCCGUUCCUUACAUAUACUCUUGUCAGCUGUUUCAAAUAUAUUGAAUCGCUUAGUAUGUAUUCAUCUGAUGAUAUAUUGAAAUUAAGAGAAUCAAGUAAUGUUCAGUCGCUAUAUUGGAGCCUUGAUGGUAAAACCUUUCCUACUAAAUCGCUCGCCAUAAAACUUGCAGCUUUCCGUAUGGUUAAAGAACACCGAUCGCCCGAAUUUGCUGAGAAGGCAUACAAGCAAGGUAAUUCAAACGUUAGUUCGAUCGUAUCAGACCCAAAACUGAAAGAAGAAAAGCAGCUAUUGCGAACAAACUCUAAACCCGGAAAUAUGACAGCGAAUGUCAGUCAUCAUCCAGUUAACAAGAGUGACUCGGCUAGAUUACGACCUAAACUGCACGAAAAGUUGGUUGAGGAUUUAGAUACUUUGAAACUUCAGGAAACGAAACUUAACUCUAAAAAACCCGCAAAGAAGUUAUUAACACAUGCUGUUGAUUAUGAUUUUAAACCUACUCAGCGUUGGUGGGAUAGCUGGUGGUCUAAAAUGAAUAUUCAACCAUUGCUUAAUGUGGUCACAGCUUUGCGUCAACCACUCGCCGAAAUGAAGCGGCGCAAUUGUUCUACUUGUGAAAUAUUAUCUACAAUAAGGAAUCAAACGUUAAGUCGAGUAUCGAAGCCCUUUAUACCCAUAUAUCGUGAUGCUUUAUGGAUAGAAAGACAGCUUGAGUCUAAUCAAGCCUUUGUGUGGACUUUGAUAUACGAUUUGGACAGCCCGGAAAGACAAGGGUAUGGUAUAUGGACGAAGACAAAUGGUAAUAGCGGUGCUCAAACUGCAACAAAAAUGAGCGGACUAUAA